AUUUUAUAAAUAUCAAAUCCAUAUCAACAAAUUAAGAAUUUUUUAUAAUGGGUAGAAGGAAGUCAAGCAGAAAACCACCACCGAGAAGAAAGAACAUCGAAGCUCUGGACAUUUUCUUUGAUUGUCCUUUCUGCAACCACGAGAAGUCCUGCGAAGUAAAAAUGGACAAAGGACGAAAUGCUGCAAAAAUAUCCUGCAGGAUCUGUUUGGAGGACUAUCAGGCCUCUAUAAAUUUGCUGUCUGAACCUUUGGAUGUUUACAAUGAUUGGAUUGAUGCUUGUGAAAAUGCUAACUAAUGCUAAACUAAGAAUAAUUUUGUGUUACG